UCAGGGCCGAACUCGGCCGCCCUCCGCAGAAGCUUAGGCUUUAGCAGCACGAGUUUAAUAAAGACAGUCGAACAACUAAACUAAGGAAAGGAAAGGACUCCGACUCUCCACGCAAUGGGGAGCUCCUAAUAAAAUCUCUGUUAUUCGGGCUAUAGGCAGAUAGUUCGUCGAGUCCUCAAGCUGAAGUAUUGGUCUUUUCCUGGCGCAAACACCUACCUACCUGCCUAUACGUUGUUUCCUUCACAACGCACACUGUGGGGGUAGAGGGUCUACAGAGCAGCUUCAACAAAGCCCUAAUAAAAACAGACAGGCCAGUUGCAAGGAGAUCAUCCAUGAUGCCCCGACUCCGGAACCGGUCCCUCUACGACCUCCUGGGCGUCAACCCCGCCCUCGACCACAAGCACGUCUACGAGACAUCGUGGCUGUUGCCCCCGCUGGCGCUGGCCUGCCUGCGCGGGCUGAUCGCCCUAUACAUCUUCACCACGAUCUUCACCAUCUGGGGCUGGUACGGCACGCACGGGGAGCGCUACGCGAUCGGCGAGAGCUUCAGCUACUUCACCUGGCUGACCUACUGGGGCAUCGGGUUCUACAUGCUCACGGCCGCCAUCCACACCACCUGCUAUGGCCUGACGGGUCGCUCGGUGCUCUUCGACUGCUGGCCGCGGGGCCUGCGCGCCCUCCACGCGCUCUUCUACACCACCAUCACCACCUACCCCUUCCUCGUCACCGUCGUCUUCUGGGGCAUCCUCUACUCCCCGCCGUGGUAUACCACUGUCGAGCCAGCUUGGCAGAACAUCUCCCAACACGGCCUCAACUCUCUCUACGCCCUGCUGGAGAUCCUCCUCGCCACCACUAACCCCCACGCGUUCCUCAGCUUGGCCGUCCUCAUCUUCAUCCUCCUGCUCUACGUCGCCUUGGCCUACCUCACCUACCACACCGAGGGCUUCUACACCUACAGUUUCCUGGACCCGGGCGCCCACGGCCAGCACAGCGGCAAGGUCACCGGCUACUGCUUCGCCAUCCUCGCGGCGAUCCUCGUGUUCUUUUUCCUCUCGUGGGGCGCCAUCUGGUUGCGCCGUCGGUUAACGCAUGGGAAGGUGAAGCGGUCGGUGCGCGACUCGGGAAAGUCGGUGGAGGAGGAGCAGUCCGAGGUGGUCGAGGUUUCUACUUUGCAGGUUUGAGGACAGAUCACGGCUGGGAUAGCUAUGGUAAGGGGGUAGAUGUAG